AUGGAUACCAAGUACCGCCAACCCGACCUUGGCGUGGCCGAGGCCAGCGACUAUGCUUCAGAGCCUCCGGAAACCCCGAAUAUCACGGCAGGAUCGCAGCAUCUGCAUCGCAAGCUGGGCGGAAAAGAGGUUCAGCUCUUCGCGGUCGGGGGAGCCAUAGGAACAUCGCUUUUCGUUCAGGCCGGUGCUAUGUUGCCUAAGGCGGGUCCUGCAGGUCUUCUAAUUGGGUUUCUCGCGUACACGCCUAUCAUACUCGCUGUCAAUCAAUGCUUUGCGGAGAUGGUCUGCUACCUGCCCAUACCCUCUCCAUUCAUUCGACUCGCCGGUCACUGGGUAGAUGAUGCCCUUAGCUUUGCCAUGGGCUGGAAUUUCUUCUUCACCAUGGCAUUGGGGAUUCCGUACGAGAUCGUCGCUAUCAACAUCCUCCUCACCUACUGGACGGAUCGUGUGCCUGUAGCGGCUGUCGUGGUGAUUAUGCUGGUGCUUUACACGCUACUGAACGUAUUCACUGUUCGCUUCUUCGGAGUGUCAGAGUUCUAUCUGUCAUUUUUCAAGAUAUUCCUCAUAGUCGGACUUCUCCUGUACACCUUUAUUACCAUGGUCGGAGGCAAUCCCCGGCACGAUGUGUACGGCUUCCGAUACUGGCGUGAUCCGGGGGCAUUUGUGUCCUACAUUGAACCCGGAAGCGUCGGGCGCUUCUGCGGCGUUCUAGCAUGCAUGGUCCAAGCCUCAUUCACAAUGGUCGGCCCUGAGUACAUAUCCAUGGCCGCAGCAGAAGCCGCACGACCACGACGAGUAAUGCGCAAGGCCUACGCGGCGUACCCCUGGCGACUGGUUACAUUUUUCGUCCUGGGUGUUCUAUCCAUGGGCAUACUCAUACCUUACAACGAUCCUACGCUCGCCGCAACCUUGGAAGGAUCGGGCCACGAAAGUGGCACGGGAGCUGCCUCCCCCUACGUAAUCUCGAUGAACCACUUCAACAUCCGCGUCCUCCCGGACAUCGUCAACGCUCUAAUCAUGACCUCCGUCUUCUCCGCCGGCAACAACCUGGUCUUCUCCGCCGCUCGGACCCUCCACGGCAUGGCCCUGGAAGGCCGCGCCCCAUCCCUCUUCGCACGGUGCAACCGCAACGGCCUGCCCUACAACGCCGUCGGCGCCUCGCUAGCAUUCUGCCUCCUGGGCUUCCUCCAAGUAAGCAACAACUCCGCGACCGUACUAAAUUGGCUCGUGGGAAUAAUCGUCGCCUCAUACCUGUUGAACUACGUCGGCACGUGCAUCACAUACCUGCACUUCUACGCGGCACUGCGCCGACAGGGUAUAUCCCGGGAUACACUCCCAUACAAGGGAGUGCUGCAACCGUAUGCGGGAUGGUUCGCGCUGGUGGGUACGAUAGUCAUGACGCUGAUUAUUGGGUUCGAGAUAUUUCUGGAUGGACAGUGGGAUGUGCAGACGUUCUUUUUGGAUUAUACGAUGGUCGGAUUUUUUGUGGUCGCGUUUGGGUUUUGGAAGGUCGUGAAGAGGACGAGGUAUGUCUGGCCUGGGACGGCGGAUUUGGGGUUGGGUGGGUUGAAGAAGGAGAUUGAUGAGUAUGAGGCUGGGGUAGUGGUUCCGGUGGGGAGGGGGGUGGCAAGGGUUUGGGAUGGCUUGUUUGAGUAG